CUGGUUUUCCUGUCCAUCUUGUUAUAUGAUGUGCUUGUGAGAGGAACCUGUAAAGAGUGGGCAGAUGUAGGGACCCUGGGCCUGGGAGACUGUACUUCUUCAAUGUGUCUGACCUUGUCCCCAGAGGUCAAAAGAGCUUUGCAGAUGACCUCAGGGGUGGACACUAAUUGGUGAUGAGAGGGUGUGGGGAAGAGGACAGGCAGUGCCACCCCUUCUUUCUCUCUGCCAAGGCUGCUGGCUGCCCCUGACCGCUACCCCAACACCUUGUGGCCCCCCCUCCUCCCUUUUCCACUUCUGAAUCUAAAACCUGUCCUUGAUCCUGGCACUUGGGAUUUGGAGCUGUGUCUCAGGAGGACAUCCACAUGGUCAGUGCGAUCAUCAACCUGUUUCAGUUGGCCCCUAAUAUUUUCAAUUCUAGUGCGGAAAAUCCCUUGUGCCAACACCAUCAGUGUCCCCAGCACACUGAGGUGGUCGCCCAUGUGGGUACCCAGGCUGGCACCACCCCAGCUUGUCCUGCAGAGACUGUUCACACAUGUGCCUGCUCUGUUCCUCCCUCCCCCGCCCCAGGGCACAGGUCAAGAGAGCAAAGGAAAUCCGGUCCCCAGGGUCCCUCUGUCACCAAUGUUGAGAACAGAGUGGAGCUCUGAACUGGGGCAGCCGGAAGUGUGCCUGAAGUACCCAGCCAUGCAGGGAAGGGGAAGAAGGGCUGUGGAAGGAGCUGGGGUCAGGGAGCAGCCUGGAGAAGAGGUAGACAGUGCUGCUCUGGGUGGCUCUGGAGCUCUGAGCCUGGCACUUCUAUUGCAAGCACAGACUUAUCACUGCCUGUGCUUCUGCAGGGUGGCAUGUUGGGGAAGGAUUCCCAAUUUUCUGUUAGAUUGUCUGCAUCUCAAGCACCUGUGCAGUCGGAAAGCCCUGGCUCGACUCUGCCUUCAGCUCUGGCUGCAACUUCAGUCCAUUUUCUUGUCAUCCUCUCUUCUGUUUGAUGGUACAUGCCCCUCUGGCUUCUCUUAUCAGAGUGGAGCGAUUUAGGACAGUGACAAUGGUCAAGGAGUGAAGGAUGAUGAGAUCGAAGGGGGCAUGAGAAACCUCCUACAGGAGACUUCUAGAAAGAUGUCUCUUCAUGCAGGGAAGGGUGAUGAAGGGGACCUUCAGGGGCUGCUCCCCAUUCCCCCUGUGCCUUCACCCCUACUCUUGGUCCUCCUGCUCCACACAGACUAGCCUAGCUUCCACUUUUCUCCUUGGGCAUUCUUGGCCUGAAGAGUGGAGAUGUUUGUAAAUUGACUAUCAGUAUUCUGGCUUCUCAAGCCAAACUCAUUUCCCUCCCUUACUUGCAUGUGGGACUCUGAAUGCUGCAGUCUGCACCUGCAUCUGGAGGCCACACCCUGGCUGCUCCCCUCUCUGCCUCCACACUGCCCCUUCCUGGCUUCUGCUCAUGUGGCCCCACCUUCACGGGUCCUCUUCCCAUGUACUGCUCCCCAGGAGCACAGGGAGGAUGACUUGAGAAGGGAGGGGGUAGGCGGUCAGGAAGAUGUAUCUUCCUCCUCUACUGCUGCCUCCUCCCUUGUCCUGUGGUACUUCCUCUCUGGCUGACUUAACUUACAGCACCCAGAGCCAGGGCCACAGAUCCAGGGAUAGGUUACCCCUUCUGGCCAGCACCUGGUGGAGCUUGUCCCGGCCCUCUCUGCCCACCACAGCCAUGAACACUUCGUCUACUGUCACCCCGCAGGCAGGGGCUGCCGUCUUUAUAGCUCAGUUGUCCAUCAUCCUGUUGUCGGUGGCUCUGGUGGUGGGGGUGCCCGGCAACAGCUUUGUUGUGUGGAGCAUCCUGAAGAGGAUGCACAAGCGCUCAGUCACUGCCCUGCUGGUGCUGAACCUGGCCCUGGCCGACCUGGCCGUGCUGCUCACAGCGCCCUUCUUCCUACACUUCCUGGCCCAAGGCACCUGGCGGUUCAAACAGGCUGGCUGCAGCCUGCUCUACUACAUCUGCGGGGUCAGCAUGUACGCCAGUGUCCUGAUCAUCACGGCCAUGAGCUUGGACCGCUCACUGGCAGUGGCCCGCCCCUUUCUGUCCCAGAAGCUGCGCACCAAGUCAAUGGCCAGGUACCUGCUGGCCGGCAUCUGGGUGCUGUCCUUCCUACUGGCCACGCCGGUCUUUGUGUACCGCAAGGUGAACAUGAGAUUGGACAACAGGAGCCAGGUCUGCUUCCCAGUCUACCCCAGCGAAAGCCACAGGGUCUUUCAUCUGCUCUUCGAGGCCCUCACAGGAUUCCUGUUGCCCUUCAUGGCCGUGGUGGCCAGCUACUCGGACAUUGGGCGCCGGUUGCAGACACGGCACUUCCGUCGCAGCCGUCGUACCGGUCGCCUGGUGGUGCUCAUUAUCCUGGCAUUUGCUGCCUUUUGGCUGCCUUACCACAUUGUAAAUGUGGCUGAGGCAUUCCGGGCGCUGGCAGGCCUGGGCAUGGGGACGGGGCCUACGGGCCAACGGCUGUACCUGGCGCGCCAUGUGCUCAUUGCGCUAGCCUUCCUGAGCAGCAGCGUGAACCCCGUGCUGUAUGCAUGCAACAGUGUUCGCCUGCUGCGUUCAACUGGCAUGGGCUUCGUCGCCAAGAUGCUGGAGGCCACGGGCUCUGAGGCGGGCAGCUCCCGUCGUGGGGGCACCCUGGAUCACACUGUGAAGAAUAUCCCCAUGUCCCCAGAGCCCGUCCCUGUGGAAAGCUCCACUGUCUCCACUAACCCUCUGGAAUGAAGGGAGAAGGUUGAGGGUGGGGAAAUGGGUGAAAUGUGUGCCCCCUCCAGCCCUAGCUGGCCUAACCGAUUUGUGCCCAUGUGUGAAAGGGCAUGCUUUGGCCUGGCAGCAUUUCUCUGAAAAUCAAAUUCAAUCCUUAGGGUGUGGCAUUUUCUUGCGUGUGUGGGUGGAGGGGGGCGGGUAGUGCUGAGUUUGCUUGUGGGUGUCCUACCUCUUGAGAGGCUUGUGUCACAUCGCUUAGAUCCCCAUGAGUCACAGUUGUGGAGGGGACACAGACCUAGCAAUCUGAUUUGCCUCAAGCCAGAGCAGAGGUGUGGGAAAAAAAAAUCAAGAAGACUCCCAUUCUGGGGGUGCUUGGUGCUCUAGACCCUGCUCAGUACCCCUGAGCCCCCGACCUGCAACCCUCACACCUUUGUGCUGCUUCCUGCCCUGCCUCUGCUUUCUAGAGAACCAGGCCAUCAAAUCUUAUCCCUUAGAACACAGCACACAAGUGGAUUAGUGGACAUCUGUCAGUCCCUGGAAACACCCUGGCACAGGCGGGGCUGGGGACCUUGCUGUGGACACUGUCAUCACCAGGAGAUGAAGAUUUUGGAGAAUGAGAGGGAUGAUUCACAGCUUCCUGUUCCUUGGAGAACUCUGGCCCAUCCCUGUGCUGACCUUUUAGGAAGAGGUGGCAACAGUGACAACAAUGUAUGAUAGAGAGCUUUCUUGUUUAAAAAAAAAAAAAAGGAGUGGGGAGAUGAGGGGG